AUGUCUGGUCGUCGAGACCAAUCCGAUUCGGGCCACGGCCGCGAUGGCGGCUACGGCUCUGGGGAUCCCUCCUACCCUGGCGGUAGAGGGUAUUCGGCAGCGUCAAAUCCAUACGAGCAGGUCUCGGUGAACCCAGCACACUUGGCGGCGAGUCUGAACGGCAUCGACGACUACUGGCAGCAACCGGCACCGUACAGCGACCAUGCUCGCCAGGACGACGCGAUGGGGGACAGCGUCGACUCUCCCAUCGAUGCAGCGGCCCUGCAGUUCGCGCUGCCUCCCAAUAUCUCACAGUCAGUCCGGAGCCGAGUGCCGUCUUUGGGGCUGCAGCCUCUGUCAAGCGAAGCGUUUCCGCGCACAUCCUCGGCCUCUUCGUACUACGCCGACCAACGGCUCGACCGGCCGUUUGGUGGACCGCUGGACGAUCCUUUUGGCGGGUCGUUCGACGAUUCCCUGGACGGGACCAUGCGCCACCUCGACCAGCACGACGCCGGCAACGAGUCGGAUCGUGUGCCGCUGACGACCAGCGCGCAGCCCAUCUCGGGGGCAAGGGCGCAGCUCGUCGUGACGCCGACCGAGGAGUACUCGCGGGACAGCUUUCAGACGGUGCGCGAUCUGGACAGCAGCCCGUCGCGGUCCCGCGACACGCGGAUGCUGGGCUUCGACCUGGAGACGGGCCAGAGCCGCGGAUACGGCGACUCGUUGUCCCCAAGCACAAAUAGCCGGCGCUCGCGGUCGGCAUCGACGUCGGCGUCGGGCGCGCUGCACCGGACGGCGUCCAUCAUGCGAGAGGUGUCACAGCGUGUGGUUGACAUCAGCGGUGGUGGCGAGGCGUUGGAGGAGCAGGCUCGCCGGUCACGGUCGCUGUCACGGUCGCGCAAUUCGAGCGUCGACGGCCGAGUUUCGCAGCACGUGGCCGCGGUGCCGAUGCUGGUCGAUACGUCCUACUCGGCUCAGGCAUACGGCAGUCCGGCUGAGAAGUCCGGUGUGCCUGGCAACAUGACACCGCUGCCGACUCCGGUCUCCGGACACCGGACGCCGAUGGGAAAUCCGCUUCGUGGCAAGUCGCUGGGGAUCUUCUCGGCCGACAACCCGAUCCGUACGGCCAUGCUGGAGCUGCUGAUGCAGCCGUGGGUCGAGUCGGCCAUUCUCGGGCUGAUCAUCUUCCAAGCCGUGCUGCUGGCCGUCGAGGCGGCGCCCGACGUCUGGUCGCCAGGCAAUGCACGCACCGAUCGGUGGAGCUCGUCGUGGUACAACUGGUCGAUGCUCGGACUCUUCAUCGUUUUUACGGCCGAGAUCGUUGUGCGCGUCAUCGUGUCCGGCUUCAUCUUCAACGCCCCCGAGUACAGCACGAUCGAUCGCAAGGCCGGCAUCCGUCACGGCCUCCGAGCCGCCGUCACCGAUCAGUACCGCAACUUCUUCCAGCCGCAACGCCAAAAGUCCACCCGCCGGCCGCCUACCGAGACCUUCACGCCUUCGCCCUUUGCCCGCUCUUUUACCUUUAUGCACAGCCAGCGCGCGCCCGAGUCCUACGACGAGCAUCGUCGGAUGCAGCUUGCCCGGCGUGCGUUUCUGCGCCACGGCUUCAACCGCCUUGACUUUGUCGCUGUCGUCUCCUUCUGGAUUUCCUUUGUGCUCGCCUGCACAGGGAUCGAGUACGCCCACCACAUCUAUCUGUUCCGCAUGCUGAGCUGCCUCCGGAUCCUCCGGCUGUUGGGUAUCACAAAAGGAAACGCCAUCAUCUUGCGGAGCUUGAAAAAGGCUUCCCCCCUUCUGGUGCGGGUCUCAUUCCUCAUAGGCUUCUUCUGGCUGCUGUUUGCCAUUAUUGGCGUCCAGAGCUUCAAGUCGAGUCUGAGCCGCCAGUGCGUCUGGCUUGACCCAAUGCAGCCGACCAACCUGUCGGCCUCGUACACGAACUCGUUCCAGUUCUGCGGUGGUUACCUCGUGAACAACACGGACGUCGAACCGACUACGCUUCCCUGGGUCCAGAUGAAGGAGCCCAAUGAUCUGACCAUCCUCGUCAACGGCUCGUCGUCGGGCAAGGGCUUUAUCUGCCCGCGUGGGUCCAUCUGCCUCCAGCAGACGGCGCCCUACAACGCGACGGUCAGUUUUGACGACAUCUUCCACUCGCUCGAGCUAGUGUUUGUGAUCAUGAGCGCGAACACGUUCAGCGACCUGAUGUACUACACGACCGAUUCGGACUACCUGCCGGCAGCGCUGUUCUUUGCGGCCGGCAUCGUGGUGAUGAUGCUCUGGAUGACGAACCUGCUGAUCGCCGUGAUCACUUCGUCGUUCCUGCUCAUCCGCGAGGAGAACAAGGGCAGCGCUUUCACGGCGGACGAGAAGAACUUUACGACCGCUCACGUGGAUGAGGCGCCGCUACGCCGGUGGUCGUUGAAGUGGAUCUACGACAAGAUCGCUUGGUUCUUCGUGCUGAUGAUCGCGCUCGGGCUGUUUGCGCAGGCCUUUCGCAGCGCAGCGCACGAGAACCGGAUCCCGGCCAUCAAUGCGAUCGAAAUCAUGGUGACUAGUCUGCUAGACGUCGAGAUCGUUCUCCGCAUCGCGCAGGACUGGCGGCGUUUCCCUCAUGCGUUCCGCAACAUAUUCGACCUCGGCCUGGCGGUGAUCACGACGGUGAUCUUGAUCCCGGAGAUCCGGCACCGGGAGCAGCUGUACGCGUGGCUGACGGUGUUUCAGAUCCUGCGGACGUACCGGCUGGUGCUGGCGAUCCCGAUGACGCGGGGCCUGAUCAAGCUGGUGCUGGGCAACUCGACGGGUAUCGCGAACCUGGUGCUGUUUGUGUUCCUCAUCACCUUCCUCAUGGCCAUUUUUGCGGUGCAGCUGUUCCGCGGCGAGAUCACGCCGCUGGACGACGACGGCAACAACAUCCGGAUCACGUUUGGCAACAUCUUCAACUCGUUCCUGGGCAUGUACCAGCUAAUGUCCAGCGAGAACUGGACGGUGAUCCUGUACACGGUGACGACAUUUACGACGCGGCUGCACAACGCGUGGAUUGGGGCCAUCUUUCUGAUCGGCUGGUUCACGCUGGCAUACUUUAUCCUGGUCAACAUGUUCAUCGCGGUGAUUCAGGAGAACUUUGACGUCAGCGAGGACCAGAAGCGGCUGGAGCAGGUCAAGGCAUUCCUGCAGCGCAAGGAGCUGGGCAGCUCGGCGAGCAACCUCUCGCUGUCGGCCAUGUUCUCCUUUGGUCGGCGGCAGAAGCGCAAGGACCCGCUGGACUACGGCCCGGCGAUGAUGGAGAUGCUGCUGAAGGAGGCGGUGGUGCACGAGUUCUUGAACGAGGCGUCGGAUUCGCUCGAGUCGCCCGACUCGCCGGAGACCCAUGGGCACGGCCACGGACACGGCCAUGAGGAGGCAACAGUGAUGCAGCCAGGGAUCCUGUCGGCAGUGUGGUCGCGGAUGGUACGGAUAACGACCAGCCGCGAGCCGAACCCAUUCUACUCGAGCAUCCGGCUGCACGCGAUCAACGAGGCGCUGGACCCGCGGCAGAUGGCGCGCGAGGCGGUCUCGGCGACGGCGGCACGGCGCAAGGCGCAGCGCGAGUACCUGACGCGCCAUCCGUCGUACAACAACUCGCUUUUUGUGUUCUCGCCGCGCAAUCCAAUCCGGCGGAUGUGCCAGAGCAUCGUCGGACCGGGGCGAGGGUCGGAGCGGUUUGACGGGACCGAUCCGCACAAGUACCCGUGGUACAUCUUCUCGGCGUUCAUCUAUGCGUCGAUUGUGGCGAUGGUGAUCAUUGCGUGCAUCACCACGCCGCUGUACCAGAAGGAGUACUUUGACGCGGGCCACACGUUUAGCUCCAAGAACUGGUUUGUGUGGACGGACCUGGCGUUUGCGCUCGUCUUCUCGUUCGAGAUGCUGGUCAAGGUGAUCGCGGACGGCUUCCUCUGGACACCCAACGCCUUCUUCCGCAGCACAUGGGGCGUGAUCGACGCGGUGGUGCUGAUCACGCUGUGGAUCAAUGUGGCGACGCUCUUUGCCAACGACGGGGCGGUGUCGCGGGCGGUGGGCGCGUUCAAGGCGUUGCGGGCGCUGCGGCUGCUCAACAUCAGCGACAGCGCGCGCGAGACGUUCCACUCGCUUAUGAUCGUGGGCGGGUGGAAGAUCUUGAGCGCGGCCUUUGUAUCGAUCUCGCUGCUGAUCCCGUUUGCUGUUUUGGGGCUGAAUCUGUUCCGUGGAAAGAUGGUCACGUGCAACGAUGGCAGCCUGUUGCAGCUGGUCGACUGCUCGGGCGAGUUCCUGAGCGCGCCAUUCAGCAGCGACUGGCAGCUGCUGGCGCCGCGGGUGGCGUCGAACCCGUACUUCAGCUUCGACGACUUUGGCGCAUCGCUGGUGGUGCUGUUCGAGAUCGUCAGCCAAGAGGGCUGGGUGGACGUGUCGUUUCAGGCGCAGGCGAUCACCGGCACCGGGCUGCAGCCGCAGUUUGGGGCCGCGCAGGGCAACGCGGUCUUCUUUAUCGUAUUCAACCUACUGGCAACGGUUUUCAUACUGACGCUUUUCAUCUCCGUCUUCAUGCGCAACUACACUGAGCAGACGGGUGUGGCCUUCCUGACGGGCGACCAGCGGUCGUGGCUGGAGCUGCGCAAGCUGCUGCGCCAGAUCUCGCCGUCCAAGAGCUCGUACGACGACUCGAAGAACCGGCUGAAGCGCUGGUGCCACAAGCGGGCGAUCGAGAAGCGUGGCAAGUGGUACCUGGGCAUCACGGUCGUGCUGGUGGUACACCUGAUCCUGCUGGUGCUGGAGUACGCGGGUGAGCCGAUGUGGUGGAGCAACACGCGCGACUACCUCUUCCUGGCCCUGACGCUGGUCUACAUGGUCAACAUUGCCAUCCGCAUCAUCGGCCUGGGCUGGAGUCGGGUGCGACGCAGUUCGUGGGACAUCUUCAGCAUGUGCUCCGUGUCGGGCGCCUUUAUCACGUCCGUGCUCUUCCUCUCGCUACACCGUGAAGACACGCUGGUACAGCUGCACAAGAUCUUCCUCGUCGCCAUUGUGCUGAUGCUCAUCCCGCGCAACGACGCGCUGGACCAGCUGUUCAAGACGGCCGCUGCGAGUCUGUCGACCAUUGGCAGCCUCGUGGCCACCUGGCUGGUCUUCUUCAUGGUCUUUGCCAUUGCCAUGACGCAAUCCUUCAGUCUCACGCGCUUCGGCAGCCAGGAGUCGAGCAAUAUCAACCUGCGGACGGUGCCCAAGGCGCUGAUCUUGCUGCUGCGCAUGAGCUGUGGCGAGGGCUGGAACCAGCUGAUGGAGGACUACGCCGACAUCCGGCCGCCGCUCUGCGUCGAGGCCGACACCUUUUUUGAGAGUGACUGUGGCAGCAAGGCCUGGGCACGCGUGCUCUUCAUCGGCUGGAACAUCAUCAGCAUGUACAUCUUUGUCAACCUGUUCGUCUCGCUGAUCUACGAGAGUUUCUCAUAUGUCUACCAGCGAUCGAGCGGACUCGUCGACAUCAACCGUGACGAGAUCCGCCGCUUCAAGGAGGCCUGGCGCAGCGUCGACCCCAACGGUACCGGCUUCAUCAGCCGCGAUGCCUUUCCCCAGUUGUUGGCCGAACUCUCGGGCGUGUUUGAGAUGCGCAUCUACGACCACGAGGACUCGGUCGGCAGCAUCCUCGAGCACGUGCGCAACGACGACUCGCGGUCGCUGGCCCGCCACUCCUCGCUGGCCAUUCCCUUUUCGGCGCCGCCCACCUUCACCGGCGUCGACCUGAAGAAGCUCAACGACCGGAUCGGCAAGAUCGACGUCGAACGCGUGCGCAGCCGCCGCCGUCGCUUCAACUUCUUCUACGAGGAGGUCAUGGUCUCGGCCGACCCCGACAACGGCAUUUCCUUCACGACCGUGCUCAUGAUCAUCGCCCACUACAACAUCAUCAGCGACAGCAAGAGCCUCCGGCUCGAGGAGUUUCUGCGGCGCCGUGCCCGCCUGCAGCGCGUCGACGAGGAGCUGCGCCGCAGAACGGUGCAGGGCUUCUUCGAUACGCUAUACUGGUCCAGGCGCUUCCGACGACACCUCGAGAUGAAGCGGGCGUCGCGCAUGACGACGGUGCCACGGCUCGACAUCCCGGACAUCCUGGUGGACGCAGACGACGACGGCCACACAAACAAGGUACGGCAGAGACAGCAAACACCGACGACGCCGACGGCCGGGCCGGCGCCAUUCUUCCCGUCGCCGCCGAAGCCGUCGUCAUUCCUGAGCGCGGACGAUGCGCGGGCGGCCAGCAGCCACAGCAACGGCCAGAGCCAGCUGCACCACCGGUCUUGGUCGGGCGCGAGCAUGGACAUCAGCCUGCACGACACCAACUACGCACACCCGCUGAGCCUGCCGUGGACGUCGGGCGUGCGGGCGAGCACGAGCGCGAUGAGCAGUGCCAUCAGCACCGGCAGUGGUGGUACCGGUGGCAGCGGCAAUUUCCUGCACCAGUCGCUGUCGGCGCAGCAGCACCACCACUCGUCGAGCGCGUUCAGCUUCGACCUGCAGGAGCCGGGCAGCCAGCCGGGCAGCCAGCCGGUCAGCGGGGCCAGCAGCAGGCGUGGAAGCGCCGUCAGUCCGGCACACGUGAGCGCGAUGCUAGACGACUCCGUAUGGAUGGACAGCAUCCGCAGGAGCGCCACACACCGACGAGACGGCGGCUGGAACAAAGCACGCAAGAAGGACGACGUCUGGAUUACGCGUGGCCUCUUAUCGGCGCUGGCCCGCGGCCGAGAGGCAUCAUCCUGCGAGUCCUCGUUGCAGAGGCAAGACGGUCCUCCGGCCAGGCUCAGCACGGCAAAGCACGGCAACAGACCUCAAACGCUCCCACACGUUCCAACGCUCCAGCAGACCCCGGGCUCGGUCUGGCUGCACGUUUUGCGGCCGCACGGAUCGCGCUCGCCGCACCAGUCCGUCUGGGUGACCGGUGCAGGUGUUUCAGCAACCCCGGGCCCCAAACAGCGGCCCCUUGCACGUGACCGCAAGACGACCGUCGCCUACUCCUCACGCCACCACCACCAUCGCCAAGCCAUCAUGAUGCAGUCCUCGCGCUUCCACGCCAUCGCCGCCCGCUUCUCGCCCCAGGGCAUCCGCACAUCCUUCCGCCUGCGAUCGGCUUCCGCCUCGUCGACCAGCAGCACCAGCUCGUUCGGCUCCGCCACCUCGUCCCCCGUCUCCACCGUCAACAGCGUCAUCGUUCGGCAGCCUUCCAUCGUCAACAUGGAGGAGGAGCGCCGCAUCUUCAGCAGCGGCCUCGCCGUUCUCGAACCGCGCCCCAUCGUCUACUGGGGCGGUAUGGAGGAGCGGAUGGGCUCGUUCUGA